UAUCAAUGUCAUUCAUCUGUCAUCUGUCACGUCUUACGUCAAAUAUAAAACAGAAAAUUGUUACGUUUAUAAUUCAAUCAACAUUACUCAGCUGAAAAAGAUUUGAUCCAAUUACUUCGAUUGCGCGUUAGUUUUCGUUAGUAAACAAAACAUGGGAGCUCUCGAGACCGACGUCGAGAUGAAGAACGCCGACAGCCCCACGGGACUGGAAGCCGGCGACAACAAGCGAGACAAAGACUUGAACAGUUUCACGGAAAUCCGAGAACAGGCCAAGCAAAUCGAAAAGGGCAUCAUCAACAAGGAAAACCGCUUUAUUCUAAGGGUGCUUCGCUGCUUGCCCAACACCAGACGAAAGCUGAACGGCAUCGUCCUCAGAAGUCUCAUUAAUCAAAUUUACCCGGUGGCAGACCGGGACGUACUUCUGAGCUUCAUCGAAGAAUCAACCGGCGAGCUGGACAAUACCCAAACUAAAACCAGACCGGCCACCAAGUCACCCGUAGCAGAAAUCGAUACCUACAUCAACUUGCUAUGUCUAGUCCAUUUAAUCGACACCAACAAACUGGUAGAAGCCGAGCGGUGCUCGCAAAUCCUCAUGACCAAGAUCACCAGCCAAAACAGGCGAACGUUAGACCUAAUCGCAGCGAAAUGCUACUUCUAUUACUCCCGAGUAGCCGAGCUCACCGACAAGCUGGACUCGAUCAGGGGCCUCCUGCACUCACGCCUGCGCACCGCCACCCUCCGGAACGAUUUCGAAGGACAAGCCGUACUUAUUAACUGUCUGUUGAGGAAUUAUCUGCACUAUUCCCUCUACGAUCAAGCCGACAAGUUGGUUAACAAAUGCGUGUUUCCGGAGACUGCCAGCAACAACGAAUGGGCGAGGUUUUUGUACUACUUGGGCAGGAUCAAAGCGGCUCGAUUGGAGUACAGCGUGGCGCAUAAGCAUCUGAUACAAGCGAUGCGUAAGGCUCCGCAGAACACAGCGAUCGGCUUCCGGCAAACCGUCCAGAAACUUACGGUUGUCGUGGAAUUGCUGUUGGGGGAUAUUCCGGAGAGGCAAAUAUUCCGGCAGGCGAGCAUGCGGCAUUCUCUGGCCCCUUACUUCCAGCUAACGCAGGCGGUGAGGAUGGGGAACCUGCAGAGGUUCGGAGAGGUGUUGGAGAACUUCGGUCCGCAAUUUAGGCAAGACCAUACGUAUACUCUAAUCCUGCGGCUUCGUCAUAACGUUAUCAAGACUGCGAUAAGAUCGAUAGGACUGUCGUAUUCGAGAAUAUCCCCACAGGAUAUAGCUAAGAAGUUGGGGUUGGAUUCGGCGGAGGAUGCGGAAUUCAUCGUAGCGAAGGCUAUUCGUGAUGGUGUUAUUGAAGCUAUUUUGGACCCUCAAGGGGGGUACAUGAGGAGUAAAGAGAGCACUGAUAUCUACUGCACUAAAGAGCCCCAACUGGCUUUUCAUCAGAGGAUAUCCUUCUGUUUGGAUUUGCACAAUCAGAGCGUGAAAGCCAUGAGGUACCCGCCAAAUGCGUAUGGAAAGGAACUGGAAUCGGCAGAAGAAAGACGGGAAAGGGAGCAGCAGGAUUUGGAAUUGGCCAAGGAAAUGGCCGAAGAUGAUGAUGAUAGUUUUCCUUAAUUUUUUUCUUUAUGUAUUUACUUAAACUAAUAUCACAAGUUAAUUUGAAAUCGUUUUAUUUGUUCGCAAUUUUGUGUUUACUGAGGAGAGUAUAGGGUGGAAAAAAAUAAUCGUUAGAAAAACUUUUGCUUUUAUUAAUCUCAUUUAGGGUAAACUUUCAGUCAGAC